AGACGGCGUUCUUCCUGAGGGCCGCACCGGCUUCGUUCCGUGGGGUCCGGGUGUUUGGGUUGGGGCGAAGCUGGGAGAUGGCGUCCGGAGCGGCUCGCUGGCUAGCACUGGGACCCGUCCGAUCCCGAGCUUUCUGGGGUGGGCCAAACUUGAGGAAACGUGGCAAUGCCGGCGGCUCAGGUCAGAACUUGGUGCCGUCGAGGUCAGUCAUCGUUACCCGCAGCGGCGCCAUUUUGCCCAAACCGGUGAAAAUGUCCUUCGGCCUUCUCCGCGUGUUCUCCAUUGUGAUCCCCUUUCUCUAUGUUGGAACGCUCAUUAGCAAGAACUUUGCUGCUCUACUUGAGGAACAUGACAUUUUUGUCCCAGAGGAUGAUGAUGAUGAUGAUUAACAGGAUAUGGAUGGAGGACUGCUGUAUUGCCCAGUUCACUGCUGCUUUCCUUUCUUCCAGGGCAUGGAGCAAGUACAGAAUGGAGAAGGCACUAAACAAAUGGUGAGGCUCUCAGCCUUUCCUUCCCUGUCAGAAGGGUCAAGGGAAAGCCCUCAGCCUCCCCCAUCCAGUGAAGCCUCCUGCAUGGUCCGCGACCAUAGCCCCUAUCCUGGAGGUUCCCUUGAAAUGUGCUGUCUACUGAGCACUGGAAAAACAAGCAAUCAAAUAUGAAUAAAUGUAGUAAACAUCA